GCAGGAACUCGGGAGCAGAAGCACACAAAAGAGGGCUUUGAGGUGGCUGCAGCCAGGCCCAGGCCAAUCCCCUCUCCCCCCUGGUGCUUCACUUGCCCCAAUCUGGGCCUCCCUGUAAGCCUGAUUUAACGGGAAACUGGGGGCCUUGAGAAGUUCCUUGUGACACAGUAAUCCCAGCCUGCUGACUGGGCCACGCCCCCAGUGGAGGCAACGUCCAGGCUCCCCGAGGAGGAGGACGACGCAGGCACCAGGUACCCCGAAGGAGGAGCUGGUAGGGAGGAGGCUGCCUGGAGAGACCAGGACAGAAGCUAAGCCCUUAUUUUUCUGAGGACUCCGAGUCUUCCGAGGCGGCAUGUCCGAGAACGUGGGCACAUUCCGUGUGGUCCCUGAAGAGGAACAGGAGCUCCGUGCCCAGCUGGAGCGGCUUACAACCAAGGACCAUGGACCUGUCUUUGGCCCAUGCAGCCAGCUUCCCCGCCACACCUUACAGAAGGCCAAGGACGAGCUAAACGAGCGGGAGGAGACCCGCGAGGAGGUGGUGCGAGAGCUGCAGGAGCUGGUGCAGGCCGAGGCGGCGUCUGGGCAGGAGCUGGCCCGGGCGGUGGCCGAGAGGGUGCAGGGAAGGGACAGCGCCUUCUUCCUGCGCUUUAUCCGCGCGCGGAAGUUCGACGUGGGGCGCGCCUAUGAGCUGCUCAGAGGCUACGUGAACUUCCGGCUGCAGUACCCCGAGCUCUUCGACAGCCUGUCCCCGGAGGCUGUCCGCUGCACCGUGGAGGCCGGCUACCCUGGUGUCCUCUCCACUCGGGACAAGUAUGGCCGCGUGGUCAUGCUCUUCAACAUCGAGAACUGGGAUGCUGAAGAAAUCACCUUUGACGAGAUCUUGCAGGCAUAUUGUUUCAUCCUGGAGAAGCUACUAGAGAACGAGGAAACUCAGAUUAAUGGUUUCUGCAUCAUUGAGAACUUCAAGGGCUUUACCAUGCAGCAGGCUGCUGGACUUCGGGCUUCAGAUCUCAGGAAGAUGGUGGACAUGCUCCAGGAUUCCUUCCCAGCCCGGUUCAAAGCCGUCCACUUCAUUCACCAGCCGUGGUACUUCACCACGACCUACAACAUGGUCAAGCCUUUUCUGAAAACCAAGCUGCUCCAACGGGUCUAUGUCCACGGAGAUGACCUCUCUGGCUUCUUCCAGGAGAUCGAUGAGGACAUCCUGCCCGCCGACUUUGGGGGCACACUACCCAAGUAUGAUGGCAAGGUCGUUGCUGAGAAGCUCUUUGGCCCCCGGGGCCAAGCCGAGAACACAGCUUUCUGAGGAUGGCUCCAGCCACCCAA